AUGCACCAGGAACUCGGGCAGAGCCAUCGCUUGUUCCAGAGAAUCGCCCCAGGAUUGGUGCUGAAGCUCAAAUGCUUGGACCUGGUAACCAGAUGUAGCGCAGCAGUAGUCGAAAACGGCGUGCGAAAUCUGUCUUUGGAACAAGAGCGCUCGUUAGACAUCAUUCUCCGCACAUAUGAGAGCCAAAUCACAGACUUGGAGACCCAGUUUACUUCUGGUAUGUCCCUGCUGAACUAUUCGAGAAUGAGAAGCGCUGACACACUUACAGCAGUUGACAGAUUCCAUGUAGCUCUGUGCCGCUUGAGUAUUCAAGCCUUUCAUUUCUACAAGACCGAAACCCUACCUUUAACCGGCGCCUUACCGCGUCUUUUGGCCGCAGCUUGCCGAGUCAUUGACUUUGUCCAGUCUUUAGGUCAAACACCCGGCCGCCUGGUGACUACCCCCGUCCAGAUAAACUUCGGGCUCCUCCUCGCUUCAGUGUCCCUGCUCCGCAUACUCAAACUAUACACAUCGUGCGAUCUGGAUCUCGAGCGAGCCAGGGCCUCGUUCUUCGCCGGUAUCAAUCUUGCAAAGGAGAUGUCCGUCCAGCAGAACGAUAGUGCUGCCAAGGCCGUCUUCAUCCUGAACCAUCUCUGGAAUAGCACCAAGGCCUACCGCAAGCCUGAUGGCAGCGCGUAUACAUCCCUCCGAGUGCGGGGCCGUCUUGUUCUCAGUCCCGUCCUCGACGCGGUUUGGUGGUGGCGAGAUGAGAACGAGCCACAAUACCGUACUAUGUAUCUUGUGCAGGGGGAGGCUGCGGAUGGUAUUAUACCUCCCAUUCCUGAAACUCAUCCCGCACAGGCUGAUGACCCUGUGAUUUCAGGAGCUGAAAGCAACCGCGACCCCUCCAAUGCAGCCGCCAGCGCGAUAGUCAACUGCGCGGACAGACAGGACUCAGCUCGUGCCGACGACCACUUCCUUGCUGAUUUCGAGUGGGCCUUGUGCGAGGAUGAAUCCUUCCUGUCUUCCGGGCCGUAUACCUAG